AUGGAUGUCUACUUGAACCCGCUCCCGCCGCUCCUGAAUAACAGCAUUGCUAAAUGGGCGUAUAUUUCGCUCGCCGCAUUGGCGAAUCUUCCCGGGCAGUUCAACCGAACGGCGUUUGAAGCCCCAUGGGCAACGUCGGAGAUAUCGGAUGAAGGCUUUAGUACAGCAUUGUCGUACCUGAAUACCACCGACUUUGUAGCCUAUGAUUCGAGGUUUUUCGAUAUCAUUGGCCCCAACGCAACAGUGGAGCAUGUUCAAAAACUAGCCUACCAGGUCCACGAGGCACCAUGUUAUAUCAAAGAUACCAAUCAGCUCUUUUUUGUCGAAUGGGGCCCUCCAGGUGGCGACGAUGGCAUUCAUUCGUGGCAGUACCUCCUCGAUGUAGAAACUAAUACCCUGCGCAAUAUAACCACCAACCCUCCCACAUACAACGUACAUGGGUGUGUCUACUACAAUCACUCCAUCCACGUGGUAACAGAUGGUUACAGUGACCUUCAGACAGGAGAGCUGGCAAAGAUCGACCCCCACAGCCAUGAGAAAACGACAUUGUUGAAUAACUACCUGGUGCAGCCAUUUGCAGGCUUCAACGAUCUGGAAAUAGAUCAGGUGGGUAAUUUCUGGCUAACAGAUUCAAAGUCAGGCUGGGGCCGACAGAUUGUGGAAUUUGCACCCCCAACAAACCCGUCCGUCUACUUCGUUGAACGAUCAACCUUUCGCACCAAGGUAGUUUAUACUACUACUGGGAAUACCAAUGGUAUCGCCAUAUCCCCCGAUGGGAAGACAUUGUUCAUCCCGGAGACAGGGGUGUCGAAGUACUUUCCAAAGCGGACGGACCCCUACGGAAUGCGACAGCUGUGGGCCUUUGAUGUAUCCAAGUCACGCUCCGUACUGUCAAAUCAAAGGUUCCUCAGCAAUCCCAUCUCCUACUUUUAUGAUGGCGUGCGCGUGUCGCGACAUGGGUUGAUCUUUUGCGGUGCAGGGGAUGGCGUCGACGUCCUCGAUCCCGACACAGGGUACACGCUGGGCACGAUUCGCGUCGGUGGGGGUGAGAAUGGGGCCGUGAGUGUGGCAUUUGGGGAACAUGAACUAUCGGUUGUAGGAAAAGGAGGAGUAUGGCAUGUCAAGGGGAUUCAGGAGCGACUAGCUCGAGAGUGGUAG